AUGUUCAGCCAACCACCCUCAUCAUUGGUACCUCGGCCUCAAACACCCACACUCCCUGCAUUUCCAUCAAUGUUAUCGGUACAUCCUUUGCCACCUCCCUUGCCUGAUACUCCCAUCACAUCGUGGAGGAAGGAGUCCAAAUUUUGGAAUACAAUGAGUAAUUCGACCCUGACUACAUCUCCUACUGUGCCAUUGACAGUGCCAACAUUCAACUUUGAUGGUUGUUCUUUCACCCUCUCUGACGAAGUCCAUGUCACUGCUACUGCAGUCCACAAUGUACCAGUGCCCACCCCAGCAGUGCCUACCCCAGCAGUGCCCACCCUAACAGUGCCCACCCCAGCAGCAUCUACUUCAGUAGCACCUACCCCAGCAGCACCUACCCCCCCAGCACUUAGCCCAGCAGCGCCCACCCCCCCAGCAGCGCCCACACCCCCAGCAGCGCCCACACCCCCAGCACUUAGCCCAGCAGUGCCUACCUCAGCACCAGUAGCACUUACCCAUCCACGGCCUACCCGACCUUCUACUAACCCAUCUCCCUCAGUUGAUAUCCCUCUCUAG